CCCACGCGCAACAUGGCCGCCUCUGUUUCACCGCUACUACGCUACUCCUUCCGUAUCCGUUAUGGUUCAUCACUAAACCAUCCAUGCUGUCGUGUCAGAUUGCAAAUGCACAGAAAAUGCGACUACCAGCGAAGACAUUUUCAUCCGUCAGGAAGCAGACAUGCAGCUGUGGUGCUCUCGGGGACAGAACUUGCUCGGCAGAUCCACAGAGAGAUCCAACGAGAGGUGGAGGAGCUGGUCGCCCAGGGCAACAUGAGGCCUCACCUGGGGGUGGUGCUGGUGGGGGACGACCCCGCCAGCCGCACCUACGUCCGGAACAAGACCAGAGCUGCCAGCGUUCUGGGUAUUUCCAGUGACACGGUGCUGAGGCCCAGCUCUGUCUCUCAGGAUGAGCUGCUGGAGCUGAUUGACAAAAUGAACCGAGACUGGAAGAUCAGCGGCCUGUUGGUGCAGCUGCCCCUGCCAGGUCACAUCAACGAGAGGGCGGUGUGCAACGCCAUCGCCCCAGAGAAGGACGUAGACGGCUUCCACAUCGUGAACAUUGGGAAGCUGUGCCUGGACCAGCGUGCCAUGGUGCCGGCCACCCCCGCAGCCGUGUGGGAGAUCCUCCACAGAGCCGGCAUAGAGACCGUGGGGAAGAAUGUGCUGGUGGCCGGACGCUCCAAGAAUGUGGGGAUGCCCAUCGCUAUGCUGCUCCACUCUGACCGUACUCACGAGAGACCUGGAGGUGACGCCACGGUAACCAUGGCUCACAGGUGCACUCCCAGAGAGAGGCUGAGAGAACUGGCCAGCCUGGCGGACAUCCUGAUUGCAGCCGCAGGAGUCCCAGGGUUGAUCACAGCAGACAUGGUGAAGGAGGGAGCGGCCGUUAUAGACGUUGGGAUUAACCGUGUCCGGGACCCCGCCACCGGGAAGCUGCGUCUGGUGGGGGACGUGGACUUUGAGGGUGUGAAGGAGAAGGCAGGGUUCAUCACCCCUGUUCCUGGAGGGGUGGGGCCUGUGACAGUGGCUAUGCUAAUGAGGAAUACUGUCACUGCUGCCAGAAAUGCCCUGACACACUGACAUGUCUGCUACACAGGUUCAUACAUACAGUACUACUGGGCCGUGUACUGUGCUGACAUGCAGUGUGUGCAGUGAGUUGGGCAUCAGAUUCAGCUAUAAUGCAGUCAACACUCAUCCACUGAGCAUUUCCAAUGUUUUGAUGUUUGAUUUGGAUGAACUUGUUCUGUUGCAAAACUUUGAAUUCAUCCUGACGUUUUGUUGAUGAUUAUCUAUAUUGGUAUUUAUCUAUUAGUUGUAGUUUUUUUCUUUACUAAUUUUAUUUAAGGUUUUUGUGAUUUGUAUUUUUUCUACUGAAAUUUGUGCUCUGCGUACAGUUAGAAUAUGAAGUUUUAAGAUUGUUUAACUAGAAAAGGGACUGAAUAUAAGGUUUAUGCGUGAAUUAAUAGCCUACUGUGUCAUUUAAUCUUUUCUAAGCUGUCAGGAUUUCCCAAACAAGUACUUCAAUGUCCUCGGACGACCUUUGUGAGAUCAUUCUCAGGCCUAGUUGUAGUACAUCAUGUGUAACCAAACAAAAACCAAGAACCACCUUCACUUUAUGAUGAA